UGCUCAGCUGAUCGAAAGCGGCGAAAAUACACCGAGUUCAGUCGUUGUUGCGAUGGUGCGAAUAGCUUUCGCACGCGUUGGCGGGAUUGUUGCGAAGAGGAGCGUAUUCGUUGCUCCACACUUUAACGUCAGUCGGCGGUGGCUUUCAGUGGGCGACACGGCAAGCAUGGAGCGAACAUUCACGCGAUCAGAUGUGGAGGAAUUCGCCGCUCUCACGGGAGACUGCAACCCCAUCCACCUGGACGUAGCCUACGCGCAGAGCAAGAUUUUGCCGGCAUGCGUCGUGCACGGAGCACUGAUCAACGGCUUGGUGUCAGCCGUUAUUGGAACAAAGCUCCCAGGCCCCGGCUGCGUUGUCGUCCAUCAAGUGCUCGAGUUUCCCAAGCCACUUCUUGUAGGAGAGCCAGUCUGUGCACACGUGGAGGUCAAGUCCAUCCGAAAGUCCAUUGUCGAGUGCACGUAUCAGUGCAAGGCGGGGCCUGACAGAGUGGUCAUGCAUGGUGAAGUCAAGCUCUUCAUCCGGCCUGGAAGCACAACUUAGUAAGCAAGCCAUUGAAUGCAAGCUGUCUUGUUGAUCAGGUUCGUUUUUAGCCUUCUAGGCUUUGCCUCUCAGUGGGAAAUUUAGCAUUCUUCCCGCAAAUAAACGAUGUUCUACCAGUUUAAGAUUAUUUUCACAGUCAGAUUAUUUUUUGGGGCUAUAACAGAGGCUACUACAUUGCUAGCACAUGCAUUGCAACCUUUGCGACGCCUGCUAAAGGUGGCCGCAGACGUAGCGAAGGCUGCGAAAGUCAAGCACAAUGUAUGCGAAAGUAAUAUGGGGGAAAAAAAAACUUUAUUCUCUUAAAUAGGAAGAUGACAGUAAGUUUCAAGUGGGUUACACCGUAACAUUAUGUAAAACACUCACAAGGCACUUCACGAAAAAAUUUCCGGACUCUAAACGACACUCCCUAAACAAUGCAGUUCUUACUGGAAAACUGUGCCACUUCGGGUAAAACAACCACGGCAGUUUCUGUCGAAUCAACAAGUCCCGAGCGUCAUUGGGCUCGAGCAGUUAUUCAACGACUCUCCUCGUGUAACAAACAUCAGUGUCAAAAACGAGAAAAAUUGAUCGCAAAACGACUGGUAACUCAUCUUCAUCGAGUAGCCAGCCUACUCUCGCCUCGCAGCUAAAGAAGCACCCGAUACACAAACGCUAAUCAACUAUAAAUAUAAUUGCACUGUGACCGUAGCCAUAAAAGGCUACAGCAGCAAGUAUGUCGACAAAAACGUUUUU